AUGGGAGAACCUCUUGUUAUCAGUACGAAUGGUGCAGAACACGCCAACUCCUCUUCGGACUCGUCGGCCCUUGCCAGUCCUGACGACCAGCCUCCUAUAGCGGAACCCCCUGACAUAUCUACAACUUGUCAAAGUGAAAAACCAAAUUGCUACCAUACGCAUUCUGCCCAGCACGUCGCUGAUCAGCUCGCCACCGACCAAGACCAUGGACUAAGCGACGAAGAGGCGGCCGCCCGGUUAGCCCGGGACGGUCCCAAUGCUAUUAAAGGAGCCAAAGGUGUCUCUAUCGGGGAGAUCUUUUUGCGGCAAGUCGCUAAUUCUCUCACCGCUGUCCUCAUUGCUGUCGCUGCAAUAUCCUAUUCUAUUGGCGAUUAUGUCGAGGGCAGCGUCGUCGUUGCUGUAAUUGUGCUCAAUAUUGUGGUUGGGUUAAUCCAAGACUACCGUGCAGAGCAGACUAUUCAAUCUUUGUACGCGCUGUCUACACCCAAAUGCAAAGUCAUUCGAGAUGGCCACAGUGAUACUGUUAAAGCCGAAACACUCGUCAAAGGCGACCUGGUAUCUCUUGCAACUGGCGAUGUAGUACCCGCAGACUUACGCCUGGUCCAGGGCAUCAACCUGUCCACUGACGAGGCACACCUGACCGGCGAGUCUGUUACCAUCAGCAAGAAACCUGACGCUGUGUUCACGGAUCCUGAUAUGCCGGUUGGUGAUCGUAUCAAUCUGGCAUUCAGCGGCAGCUCUGUCACACGUGGUCGCGCUACCGGUAUUGUCAUUUCAACGGGAAUGAACACAGAGGUUGGCCAGAUUGCCGAGCUUCUGCGCAAGAAAAAGAAGGAGGCGAAAGGUGGUAAUUCUGUGACCAAGGCUCUCUACUCGUUCUACCAAACUUGUCGUAGUAUCUUAGGCCUCGAAGGAACUCCUCUGCAAGUGACUCUUAGCAAGUUUGCCCUGCUUCUGUUUGGUCUAGCCAUCCUUCUUGCCGUCAUUGUCUUCUCGGUCAAUCUUUGGCACAUUGACGACGAUGUUCUUCUCUAUGGCAUCUGCGUUGGUGUUGCUGUUAUUCCCGAAUCUCUUCUCGCUGUGCUGACAGUGACAAUGGCGGUUGCAACAAAAGCAAUGGUCAAAGGUCACGUCAUUGUGCGUCAAAUGCCGUCCCUUGAAGCAGUAGGCGGAGUGACCAACAUCUGCUCUGACAAGACUGGAACCCUUACCCAAGGCCGCAUGAUCACUCGCAAGGUUUGGCUACGCGACGGUCUCACAGGCAUCGUGGAUGGCACAUCAGACCCUUACGACCCAAGCAGCGGAACCGUAUCUUGGUCAGGUUCCCUUGUCGGAACAUGCAUCAACUCGUUUCUCAACACUCUAGUUCUCUGCAAUAAUGCCACAGUUUCAGAUGGUAAAAAGGAGCCAGAAACCGACUCUAGCAGUGUCACGACAGCUUUUGAGCCAGCAGACUGGAAAGCUAUGGGCGAGCCCACUGAAAUUGCGCUCAAAGUGUUUGCCAUGAGGUUUGGAAAGACGACUGGAAGCGACCUUUUGACUGCAGAGCAUCCGUUUGACUCAUCUUGCAAGCUCAUGAGUGUUGUUUACGGCAACGGCCUCGAGAGGCAACGCCACGUUUACACCAAAGGCGCCUUCGAAGUUCUCUUACCGCUUUUGGCCGAGGACGAUGAAAUGAAAAGGACCAUCCGUGCAAAAGCCGAAGAGCUGGCAGGCGAGGGCCUGCGUGUCCUGUGUAUUGCAGACAAGCUCAUGGAAGGGGAGCUCGGAGACUUUCAGGAUCGGUCCAAGGUCGAAUGCAACCUACGCUUCCUAGGACUCGCGGGCCUUUAUGAUCCGCCCAGAGCCGAGACUGCGGGAGCUGUGAAGAAGUGUCGAGAAGCUGGAGUCACUGUUCAUAUGGUCACAGGAGACCAUAUCAAGACUGCCACGGCCAUUGCCUACGAGGUCGGCAUUCUGUCCAAAGACGCUUCGCUAGCAACAACUACAGUCAUGUCUGCCGCAGAAUUCGGCAACAUGACUAAUGACCAAAUUGACGCACUGGAGUCUCUGCCUUUGGUUAUUGCUAGGUGCAGCCCUCUCACCAAGGUUAGAGUUAUACAAGCCCUUCACCGUCGAAAAGCCUUUUGCAUCAUGACUGGUGAUGGUGUCAAUGACUCGCCAGCUUUAAAGCAGGCAGAUGUUGGCAUUGCGAUGGGUGACCGUGGAAGUGACGUUGCCAAAGAGGCAUCUGAUAUGGUUCUCACGGAUGAUAACUUUGCUUCUAUUGUCACUGGUAUCAAGGAAGGCAGAAGAUUGUCUGACAAUAUCCAAAAGUUCUUGCUGCAUUUGCUUACUUCAAACCUGGCCCAAGUUAUUUUGCUCCUCAUUGGACUGGCUUUUGAAGAUGAUGAGGGUGUCCCUGUAUUUCCUUUAUCACCCCUGGAGAUUCUGUGGGCAAAUCUUGUAACGUCCUCCCCCUUGGCUCUUGGUCUGGGUCUCGAAGAAGCUCAGCCGGAUAUUCUCCAGCGGCCGCCUAGAAGUCUUCGGUCCGGGGUAUUCACGCUCGAUCUUGUUCGUGACCAGCUCAUGUACGGUACUUUUAUGGGCUCCUUGUGUCUGGCUGCAUUUAUGUUGGUAGCCUACGCGGCUUCUGGCAAGGGAUUUCAUGACUUGGCCCAUGGCUGCAAUGACGGGACCGCUGAAGUGUGUCUCCCCAUUUUUCGCGCCAGAGCAGCUACCUUUGCCACUUUGAGUUUCUUGCUUCUUGUCACGGCAUGGGAGGUGAAGCAUUUUCAUCGCAGUUUGUUCAACAUGGACCAGCGAUGGUCUGGUCCGUACUCAGUGUUCAAAACCGUUUAUCACAAUACUUUUUUGUUUUGGUCGGUGGUGGCUGGGUUUCUUGCUACCUUUCCGGUUAUCUACAUUCCUUCCCUCAACACCAGGGUCUUCAAGCAUACUGGCCUCACAUGGGAAUGGGGCGUGGUGGCGGGAUGUGUCGCGGCGUAUAUUGUGCUCGUGGAAUCAUGGAAGGCUAUCAAACGGCGGUUUAACCUCGGGAUUGACAAGCAUCCGGGACUGCAGGGAGUGGUUUAG